UGCUCGGCAAGGAUUUCCUCAGUUUCAGUUAGAGGCUAAGGAAUGUCUCCACUAACUGUCUCCAGAUGUGCCGACUUGGCAACCCACUGAUGAAACGUUACUGAGGGGACACAGGAUCUACACUAUCAAAUUGGAUAUUUCGCCCCACACAGAGCACAUUGCAGAUGUCUAGUUGCAAGAUGGACAUGGGUUUUGAACAGCUCACCAAGCACAGCUUUUAACACUCCUUACAAGAAGUGUGGAGACAAUGAGAGUUCGGCUCAAAGGGGAUGCGAUCUGCACCCUUUUCCUGGUGGUAGUGCUUUGCUCUUUACUCUAUUCCCAGUUGGAGCGUACUUCCCCAACAGGAAACAGGGAGCAAAUGCACAAGAAACCUUCACCAACGCAGAGGAUCUUCCCAGGCCCCGAAGCCCCCAAGUGGCAUCUUCAAGCGGAGGUGACAUUUGGCCGACCCAGAAUCAUUUCUAUUGCUAAAGAUGCAGAGGUGGCAAGUAAAAAGACCCAAACUACCACUUCACCACCUCUGACUCAUUCUGCCUUCGACUUCAAGCGCUACCUUCUAAACAAGGACAAUCGGAACUUUGAUCUUCUCAUUAACCAGCCCAAGAAAUGCCUGAAAACACCCGGAGGUCCCUUCCUGCUUAUAGCCAUCAAAUCGGUGGUUGAGGACUUUGACAGACGCGAGAUCGUCCGUAAGACCUGGGGUAGGGAGGGUUUGGUGAACGGGGUGCAGGUUCAAAGAGUUUUCCUCCUGGGAAUACCAAAGAAUAAGACAGCACUUGCAACAUGGGAGAUUCUUGUCCACCAGGAGAGUCUGAUGUAUCAGGACAUUUUACUCUGGGACUUUCUGGAUACUUUCUUCAAUCUGACCCUGAAAGAGAUCCACUUCCUGAACUGGGCCGACGAGUUUUGUUCUAGUGUGAAGUUCAUUUUUAAAGGGGAUGCUGAUGUUUUUGUCAAUGUGGAGAACAUCAUUGACUUCCUCGAGAGACAUGACCCUGCAGAAGACCUCUUUGUUGGGGACAUCAUCUACAAUGCUCACCCAAUCCGGGUGCAGAAAAGUAAAUACUACAUCCCAGAAACGAUGUACGGGCUAGGCACAUACCCACUCUAUGCAGGGGGAGGGGGCUUCUUAUUGUCCAGCAGCACCAUGAAAAAGCUCUUCCAGGCUUGCAAAGAGGUGGAGCUCUUCCCCAUUGACGAUGUCUUUUUGGGCAUGUGCUUGCAGAGAAUCAAUCUCAAACCUGUUUUGCAUGAAGGAUUCAAGACGUUUGGCAUCGUGAAACCCUCAGCUGCCCCGCACCUGCAGACGUUUGACCCCUGCUUUUACAAAGAUCUCAUGGUAGUCCACAGUCUAAAAGUAGCCGAAAUCUGGCUAAUGUGGAAUCUGCUUCACAGCCCACGGCUUUCCUGCACCCAGAAGAAGCAGGUGAAGAAGCCUUUCCAAUGGAAGAGGAAAAAAACUGAAGCAAUGACGGACAGCAGCCUUCUGAUAAAGCAGGCUAAGCAUGGCAGAAGUAGGUGAUGAACCAAGCUCAGAAGAACCUUGCGUGGUUGCAACCCAACACGCUGAUUUAGCGCAUCUCGUGUAAACUAUUAGGAGACAAGGCCACCCUAUUGCAGACAUUUGCCAGAAUUCCACAUCUGCACACACUAUAUGCAGUAGGAUUUUUUCCCUUAACCUGAUUCCAAGUAAUUCACAAAACUAGAUUUAAUUUAUUAUUAUUUAUUAGUAUUGCAGUAGAGCUUAAAGACCCCCCAGUUAGGACUAUUGUGCUAUACAAACACACAGUAAAAGACAGCCCCAAAGAGCUUACCAUCUAAUUUGAGACUUAACAUGAUAAGUGAACAUAAAAGGAGCAGGGUAGGGUGGGAGAUGAGGACAAGCGUUGUGAAGAUAAAAAAACAACAUUGCUACGUAGGUCUGGGAUUACUGAGAGCCAGCAAGAACCACCAAAUUGUGCACUAGCUAAAGUAAAGAAAAUCAGCUCUCCCCAACUGAUGCACGAACCAAACCACCAUCGGCUGGCUCCUUGGAGGUGUUACAGCGGAGGUGGGUCUUGAAGGAGAAGAGGGCAGUGGCAUUAUGGAUUAAUUCAGGGAGGGGGCUCCAUGCAGAAUGGGAGAAGGAGAGGAGACAAAAUUGGAAGCGGGCUUUGCCAGCAGACCAGAGGAUGGGUGAGGGGGCAACAUGAUCAGAGACCUGCAGGUAUGUAGGAAGGGUCAGAGCUGUGAAGGGCCUUGAAGGUGAGGAUAAAAAGUUUCAUGUUAUAAAUUGAUUUACAGUCAAUGGAAGCUGAAAAUCAUCUGACAACAGCUGAUCAUCUUCUCACCUUGAUGGUCCAGAUCCUCCAUUUCAGACCUCUGCUGAUGAACAGAGCAAUGGCAAAUGCAUACUUCUGCCCCAUGUGUCUCUCAUUGUGUUCUUUGAUCUGGAAGAAAUUGCUGACAUACAGGACUAGUUUAUAGAGAUUCAGGCCUUUUGUGUAUUGAAUGCAGUCAAAUAUGAGAAGGAGCUGGGCCUUUUCAGACACUGGGGGAAAAAAUACCCUUCAGACACAAAGCCUUUGAAAUAAAAGCUCUUCAGGACAUUGCAGCAAAACACAAGCAAACAACUUUCUGCCAUUAGGUGACAUUCAAUUUAUCAUUCAAAGUUUUUGAAUAAGCAUUUACACUUUUGGAGAGGAUCACUGUAUUGCUUGAUUCAACACAGCCUGGACAGCAUUUUAGCACUUGAAACAUUUUAUUUUCUGAUCACAGGUAACUUUAAAAAUAAGUACUUACUGGCCAGCACAAGUAGGAAGUGAAUCUCUUAAAGAGGAUUAGGAAAGGCCUUUUGAUCCAGGAAGUUAUAGGCCCAGAUGCACAGCUGAAAAGCUGAAACUAUGAUUGUUAAUUUAGGCACCUAACUCUCUUUGAAAUCAAUGGGAGUGAGACCCCUAAAUACUUUUCAGCCUUAAGCAUAUACACCUCUACCCUGAUAUAACGCUGUCCUCGGGAGCCAAAAAAUCUUACCACGUUAUAGGUGAAACCACGUUAUAUCGAACUUGCUUUGAUCCACCGGAGAGCACAGCCCCACCACCCCCGGAGCACUGCUUUACCGCGUUAUAUCCAAAUUUGUGUUAUAACGGGGUAGAGGUGUACUUAAAUCCAUCCUUAUUGAGGAGAGAACUUAAGAAUGUGCUUAAGUCCCACUGACUUUAAGCCGAUGUGUAAGGGCUGUCCUGCAGAGGGCUGUUUUUCCUGGUUUGGGGCCUAUCCCAUAGGUGCCUUUCUCAGCUGCAGGACAGUGCAUGGUACCAGCUUUUCUUGUUUUUCCAUUUGCUGUACCAUGGUGUCAAUUCUAACUUUCACUAUGCAGCACAGUUGGAGGGGAGGGAGUCCGGUAACCUCGAUUGAUGCGCUGUAGUGCUUACUAAUGAAGUGAAGUGAUGUGUUAUCUCUUGGUUAGAAAGGGACCUUAUAAUAAUGUACUUUCAGGAGAAUUGUCAACUGGGGAUCUGUUUCUGUGAUAUGCUGGCAGUUUUGGGAAUAAAUACCUUACGUAUAAAGUGUUCACACAAAAAACAUUGAUGAAAUGUACGGUAGUUCUGCAGAGACUGGAAAUCAGUCCCAGUCUUGGCUGGAAAACCAUCACACGAGGUCAGUAAACGUGCCAUAUGCAUGUAUUUCUGAACCGCACAGAAAAGCUUUAUCUGGUGAUCAGUUUGAUAGCUGGGCAAUUAUUUCUAUUGCAAUUAAAAGACAGUAUAUGAACGUGCCUGUCCACUUAUCAAGAGGAAUAUGGGGUGUGUGGUUUAGUAAAACUAAUGCACGCUUGUAUUUCUGAGGAGAGAAAGAACUUGAUGACAUUGUUAGUUGUCUUGGAUACCACAGACAAUUUUUUCUAAUGGCAGUUUUUCACACUUACAAAAGAAAAUCGUGCUUAGCUUACCUCAUGAUUUCUUAUCACAUAACUAGUCAGGGUCCAGCUGUCCUUUCCUUCAAGCUGGGAUGCAGAAGUAGACUGGCUCCUUCCUCUCACACAGUUUCCAUAGCUGCAGCCCACUUGUAAUGGAGUGGGCACAGUAUCCAUUGGAUUCAAUGUAAACCCUGCCCCCUAAUAUGAUGGAGGCAGAAUUAUAAGGAGGGUUUUGCAGAGGAAGGAGCUAGGGAACUGCCUUGACAGAAGGGGUCUUGUUUUGGCCCUAGCUGAAAAGGAGGGGGAAACGCAGCUAGAAGACUGGCAGAGCUGCCUGGGACAGAGAAAGGCUUGCAUUCAGCAGCUGCGCACAUGGCCUGAGGGCUGGCAGGGGUAGAACUGGCACAUUCUCCUGGCCUCCAUUUUCCCAGUCUUUAGAAUAUCUCAUUUCUUCACUUAAGACACACUAGGGCUGUUAUCUGUAGCAGCGCCAGAAAGUCCUUUUUAUUUGUCAAAGCUUUCUGGGUUGCUCAUUCAGUUUGAGUUUAAAGCAGUCCAUAUGCUUGUAAAAUGUCAGCAUCAAGAUACAAAUUUAUACCAAAAUAAAAAUCGCCUUACCUGUGUAAUUAUCACAAAUUCCCACAUGAAAAAAAUAGAUCCAGCCAUCCAGUAUAAGACACAUCUAUUAACACCCCCCCAAGGCUGUAACUCUCCUACUUUGAUCAGGCUGAUGAGCCUUUCAUAACAGACCAAGAUCCCAGCCCCCAUGAUUUGUCUUGAUCAAUAUUUUGCCCUGCAGGCUACCUGGAAGGGCUCUACCCCCUCAUGGUAGUCUAAGGACCUCAGGUUGAGAACCGCUCCUAAGCAAUGUGGGAGCCAGUUUUUCUGAAAGGGAGGCCCUAGGUCCUUGUGUAAGGAUAAUGCACUGAGGGAGGCAGCUUUAGGAAAGGAGACCAAUUUUUGGCUUGGAAGAACGUAGCUAUGGUAAGUAAAGAGAAUCUGUUAGUUUGAAGGUACACACAUCAAUAGCAGAGUGUACGACACUUUGCCAGGCAGCUGAGAUUCUAAAGUUUAGCUUUUGUUUUAAGAGGGAUGUGGGAGGGAGGAAUUUACAAAACCUAUUGAAUUUUAUAUAUAUCUGCGUGUGCCUCAAAGUUUUUAAGCUAGUGAAUCUACCUAAAAUCCAUAUUUAGGUGCUUAAGUUUGGCUCAGUUUCCAGAGCUGUUGAGCAUCCACAACUCCCACAGAAACUAAGAGGAGUUCAGAGAUGUUCAGCAACUUCCGAAAGGAGGCCAUUUUCCUUAGGUGCCUAAAUAUUGAUUUAAGGUGCGUAACGUCAGGCACACAAGUUUGAACAUAAGUUUCCCAUGAAGCCAGCUUCUUUCUGGUGUUCUCCUGAAGUGCUGGAGCCCUAACCCCGUCCCCCACAAGGUGCAUGAUGUGCACAAGAAUCAGAAACUGGCCCUGCCACUUUCCCUCUCCAAGCAAAAUGAACGGCAAAGAGUAAAUUAAAAAACACACACAUGGUGAAAGACAACAAACUUGUCCAAAACAUCAUCCAAAAUUAGACUUUCAACAUGGCUUUGUUUUACUAAAAGCCACCUGGGUCUCUGAAAAUGGACUGAAUGCACCAACAAAGCCUUUCUCCACACGUUUGAAGCCAGGCAUGACUCUUGGUAAGGAAUGAAGAAUACGGUGAGAGGUGUGUUCUAACAGUAGCAAGAGAUGCAAGCUGACUUCCACGAGACCAAGGCAAACAUCUGAAGUUAAUAUAGUACCAAGGGUUUUAUUGAGUCUCAGGGAUCCACACACAGACCAACCAUUUUCACACUAUACGUAAGUAUCCAGGUGGGGCUUGUUUAGUGAGCGGAGUGGGAUUGGACUCCACAUUCAGCACCUCUAAGUCUGCCUGUCUCCAGGGUUGUAAACUGGAUGUGGAGGCGCAUGCCAAGAUCUAGCACUGGGUUGUGUUGAUGGUUGCUUAGAUGUCAUACAAAAGAAAGCCAGAGAAGUUUCUGAAGCGAGCUGGUGUUAUUCUCUGCUUGGUGUCUAUUGCCUAUUUUCUAACUGCUGGUCUGUCUCAAGCAGAUAGAACAGAGCAGCCUCUGGAGAGUAUAAAAAGGACAAUCAGGUUAAAAAAAAAUCAUUUAAACCUAAAACCUCUGUGGCCCCAUUUUCAGAGAACCUGAGCACCUCAACUGGCAUCUGCUUCAGGUUUUGAAAACCAGCCCAGCAAGCUUCCUUCGGUAUGUUACUAACACUACAUUAAACAAUAAAAAUGGCAGGACUUGUAAAAUC